UGACGCGGAGAGGCUGUCGAGCACAGGAGGGGGAGGGAAAGUGAGAUGGGGAUGGGACAGGCGAAAGAAUCUUUCACGGUGUCUCGAUCAUUGAUCGCAGAGCGAGAAAACCUUUCGUAACUUUUUGUCUUGCGACCAAGGCAGUGCUCCGGAGAUGCGAAAAGUCUGCCAAUGCCACCUGAGUUCAGUUCCUGACCACGGUCCUUUUCACAGAUUUCUCUUGUCUAGAGCCGUGUGCUUGAUUGAUCCUUCUCGACGGUGUUGCUUCCUGAUCUUCUUCUUUCUUCUUCUUUUUUUUUCCGACGAAAACAAAGCUCCCACCGAACGCGGAGAAUUGUCAGCGAGGUACUUCGGGAGGAGGAGGUGCGAUAGGCAAAUAGACGCUCAAGGGAUCCCCAAGGUCGACGAUAGACGUGCAGGAUCGAGUCGGACUCCACUGCAGAAAAGAGGUCAGGAUGAGGUCGAGAUGCUUAAUCUGAAUUCCCCACGGUCACCCACCAGAAAAUCGAGUUGUGUGGAACUUCUUUUUAUCCGCACGUUGUCACAACAGUCAAUGGUUCUGAGAUCCACAGGGAGGCGGCGUGUAAGUGGGUCUAACACAACCAGCAGUGCUAGAGGGGAAAUUUGCUAGCCAAUUUUUGCUUCGCGUCAACAAUGCGCGC